AUGGUGCAGACCCAACCCACUAUCUCGCCCGCUUCGAUCUUUCUCUUGGCCGCGGCACUGGUCCCUUCAAAGUCACAACCUGACGCUGCUGCUGCUGCUGCUGCUGCUGCUGCUGUGCCUGCCGCUGUUGCGUUUGCUGCUGUUGUGGCAGCUGUAGCGGCUGCGACGGUGGCUGCUGCGUGUGUUGCUGACCUGGCACGUGCUGCUGCAACCCCUGCUGACUUGCUGAGUGCUGGUGUCCAAUUCUACCAGAAGCCAUCGCACCAGAGCCAGCUGAAGCUAAACCUGCCAUACCCUGCUGGCUUGCUGAGUGCUGGCCUGCUGAGUGCUGGGGCCCGCUUCUACCAACACCCGAUCGAUCGCAAGAUCGGUGCUAGAGAUUCUUCUUCCUCCGUUUCUCCCGAUAUUUUCCCGUUCUUCUACACCGCGCUCUUGCUUCUACCGGUGAUCCUCGUUUUAGUCCGCUUCUAUAUCCGAUCGCGCGUGAAGCGACACUCGUUCGGGUUCUUCCAUCCCUUCACCAACGAUGGGGGAGGCGGCGAGCGAGUGCUGUGGUGCGCCGUACGCGCUAUACAGGAGCUUGAUCCAUCAGCGCAAUGUUUCGUCUACACUGGCGACGUGGCGUCUCCUGAUUCGCUGGCGGAGAGAGCACACAACCUGUUCGGAGUGGUCCUGCCCCGGCCAGUGGAGGUCGUGCGUCUGUCCUACCGCCAUCUAGUAGAGGCCUCUCUCUAUCCGCGCUUCACCCUCAUCGGCCAAUCACUGGGCUCCAUGGCUCUCGCACUAGAGGCCGUUCUCCGCCGCCCGCCCGCUGUUUUCGUGGAUACUGCUGGAUACGCGUUCUCUUAUCCUGUAGUGAAGCUGCUGUUAGGGGGACGAGCAGCAGGAGGAGGAGGGGGAGGGAAGGGGGGAGGUUGUUUGGUGGUGUGCUACACGCACUAUCCGACGAUCAGUGGAGACAUGCUGCAGCGGGUGCAGCAGCGCACUAGCAUGUAUAACAACGACGAUACUGUGGCCAACAGCGCCAUCCUUUCCUCCUCCAAGCUUUACUACUACCGCUUCUUUGCCCUCCUGUACGGGUGGGCGGGUGGGCACGCUGACAUCACCAUGGUCAACUCAUCGUGGACCGAGGGCCACAUUCGGCGAAUCUGGACGCGCAACAAGCCGAGCUCCGUGCACCGGGUGUACCCUCCAUGUGACACCACUGCUCUCCAGGCACUUCCUCUCUCCCGCCCCGCGUCAAAAUACAUCAUCUCCGUUGCCCAGUUCCGGCCAGAAAAGAACCACGCAUUGCAGCUUCGAGCCUUUGCACAGGCCAUAAAGCCUGCACCACCAUCCGAUCCAACGGCUGACGCUCAAUCGGAGCCCGAUCCGAUGGCUGGCGUGCGUCUGAAGCUGGUGGGGAGCAGUCGGCACCGGGAGGACGAGAAGCGGAUUGAACUUCUGGGGUGCCUGGCGGUGUCUCUUGGAGUAGAGAGACGCGUUGAUUUCAUUGUCAACACUCCCUUCAGCAAGGUAUGUGUGCGUGUGUGUGUGAACCCAGUAGGCAGCAGCCGGCACCGAGAAGACGAGAAGCGCAUUGAGCUGCUGGGGUGCACGCCCAGUAGGCAGCAGCCAGCACCGGGAGGACGAGAAGCGCAUUGA